AUGGAGUUCUUUGGUAGCGGCCGUACCCCUCGACUCGGUGAAUACAAAAACAUAGGUUUAUACGGUAUAGAUCAACUAGCCGCUGCAGGAACUGAAAAAGCCAAAAAAACUCUGGAAACGUUAUUGCUGAUAGCCUGUGAAAAAGGUCAAGCAAAUUCUGUUAGAUACUUGGCGGAGAGAGGCGCUAACGUGAACGGAACUGAUGAUUACGGAUGGACUCCUCUAAUGAUAGCGACCCAAAGUGGUCAGAAUGGAAUUGUAACGUAUUUGAUGGAAAAAGGUGCUGAGACUGAAGCAGUUAAUAAAAACGGGUGGACGACACUGAUGAUUGCCUGUAAAAAUGGCCGAUUCAAGACUGUAAAGCAUUUGUUGAGUAAAUACCCCAAACUCAGUGAAGAGGCUGACAACGAGGUAGCUUUUCGAUAA